AACGGUAUUUGUGUGUAUAAGAGAGAGAGAGAGAGAGAGAGAGAGAGUGAGAGUAACAGAGAGGUGGAGACAGAGGGAGGUCGGCUGAAUCCAGUCAGUGUGGCGGUAAAUACAGAGCUAACCACAGAGCUGCGUGGUCACACCAAUCUGACAUCAGACCAGACCAAUGCUGCAGCAGAGGAAACCUGAGGAAGUGUGUGCUGGGAGUGUGUGUAAUUAUGCCUGAAAUCAUUUCUGGGAAUGUAAGUGUGUGUUUGUAAAGGUGUAAAGGUGGCUGCCAUGUUGGAGGACGAUAUGAUCAACUGCACCAUCAGCCAUGAAAUCCACCAGUACGUCUUCUCCUGCGUCUACAUCUUUGUGUUGGUGGUCGGUGUUCCGUCCAACCUGUAUUCUCUGUACCAUGCUGCUGGUCAGCUGAAACAGAAGAACGAGCUGGGGGUGUAUUUACUGAACCUCACCGUAUCUGAUCUGUUAUACCUCACAUCAUUACCACUGUGGCUACAGUAUAUCUUUCAGGGGGAUGAUUGGCAACACAGGGAGUGGUUGUGUCAGCUGUGUGGUUUCCUUCUCUAUGAGAACAUUUACAUCAGCAUCGGUUUCUUGUGCUGCAUCAGUCUGGAUCGCUACUUAGCUGUGGUUCAUCCUUUGAGGUUUGCGCCUCUCCGCUCUAUGAAGGCAGCCUGGUUCUUUAGCGCCAUCAUCUGGCUGAAGGAGAUUGCAGUGGGCGUGGUCUUCUUCCGCCACAAAGAACUGAGCAAAGAUCGCACUAACCAAUCGGUGUGCUUUGAGCACUAUCCCAUGAAGCCGUGGGAGUAUCCUAUCAACUACUACCGCUUCACUGUUGGCUUCAUCUUCCCUCUGGCCAUUCUCUCGAUCAGUUACCUGUGUGUCCUGCGUGCCGUGGGUCGGAGUGCAGGGACACAGCCGCCCCAGAAGAUCAGGAUCAGGCAGUUGGUCAGCAGCACCAUCCUCAUCUUCCUCGUGUGUUUCUCCCCCUACCACGUGUUUCUGUUAGUACGCACCAUACUCGAGCGAGACUGCAGCUUUAUUGGAAGAAUAUUUAACUACUACCACCUGUCGUUGCUGCUGACCACCCUGAACUGUGUGGCCGAUCCUGCCCUUUACUGCUUUGUCAGCGAAAGUGCUCGCCACGGCUUUUACAGGGCCCUCAUCCGUCCCUUCACCAGGAUCCUCUGCUGUUUACGCCGUGGAAACACAAGUCCCUCCAAUCCACCCACUGACUCUAAUGAGGUUGCAACUGACGUGAACAACGGCCAACCGACAGUGUUGCUGCUUACACACACCAGCACGUGCAACAGCAUGAACAAAGAGCCCGUUUGCAAAAACACAAAUUUAAUCAUAGCUGCAGGCAGUGAUGAGACGCUGUAGUACUCUGUACUGGAGUGCCAACAAUCUGUGAUGUUCAAGUUGGUGUUUGACUCGGUGACAUAUUUAAGACAUAUCAUGUAAUUGUGUUAGGGAUUGGCCUAGUAUUAACGUCAUACUCGGUUUGUUUAAGACCUGAACUUCAAUAAUAGGUUGAUUCAUCGAUUUAUACGAUUCAGGUUUUGAUGGUUUAACACCAAUAUUCUUAUUCUGUUGAGGCUGCAGUGAUUUAGAGCCCAUUCCAGUAAAGAAUGGUCAACUUCCUGUAGGACAGACGUCAUGGAUUAAGGGCUUGGAACCACGUCAUUAUGAUUCUAGAUGUCGCUAUUGAGCCAUUUUGCCUCAUCUACUACUUAAUCUACAUGUAGCUAAAAGUUUGGCUUCUUUUCUUUGGCGUGCAAAUCGUUUGUUUUUGUCGGUGAACUCUGGAGUGUUACCAUGAAGAUGACAUUACCUCAUUACCAUACACAAGGGACAUGUGAAACAAUGUAUUCUGGUCAUCUUUGAAAAAGGAUACCGUUAUUCCUCCAAGAGUGUGCAUUAACUGGCAAAACAGGUCACUUCCUGUUGCCACCAUGAGGCACCCUUUUUAACGCUCUUUAAUGUGAAAUACUAACACAGUACUAACAAGUAUUAGACAUACAUAUUUUAAUAUAGAUUGGACCUAAACUUCAUACUCAUAUAUUUUGUACAUCGUUUGUAUGUGAAGGUAAGUAUUUUGGUAAUUUUGUCUGUUUUUGGUUGGUUGUUUGAGCCCAGGUCAGUGAAAUCAGCAGGGUAUGUAUAAUGUGUGAUGUUUAGGUGUCUGUUCUGUCUGUUCUGUCUCAUCUUGUUUCAGUCUGCCUCAGUGAUGGUGUUUGUUUAUAUGUUGUCAGUUGCAUGAAGAGAAAUUGUUAUAGUCCUCUCAAUAAUAAACACCCAAAGUCUCCCGA